AUGACAGCUAGGUGCACUUACAUGUCAGAGACUGUGAUGGUCUUCCUUGAUGGUACGACAAGGUUCUCCGAUUUUUUCAAUGAAAUUUGCAUGCGGUUUAAGGGUUUGAAGCCAGGCUUGUUUGAGUUGAAGUAUUCCCUUCCGGAUUACCCUUCUUGUGCUCUCGAUUCUGAUUUAGAUAUGAGGUUGAUGUUUAGGUCUUUAGCUGAGUUUAAGAGAACUUCAGUUGACAUUUUGGUGAGGAUUUGUGAUUUUGGUGCAAAUUGUGUUGCUGAUGGAGUUCAAUGUUCUGCCGCUGCUGCUGCUUCUUCUUGUGUGUCAGUGGUAUCGACGGUGAUUGAGGAGCCUGAUUAUUUGGGUGAUUUUAGGCCUGAAGAUCCCAAAGUUUACAUGUCUAAGCAGUGGAGAGAGUAUAUUAAGUGUGGGGACCAAAAAUUUAGAGGUGGAGCUGUGGAGUUUCGGCAAAAGUUGUGUAUGUAUGCAAUUGAGGUUGGGUUUGUCUUUGUCUAUGUGAGAAAUGACAAAUGGAGGGUAAUUGCUGAAUGUUUCAACAAGCUAUCUGAGGGAUGCAAAUGGUACAUCAAUGCGUCACUAUGCCCUGCUAAUAAUUUCUUCUAUAUUAGGCAGCUUAAUAAUGUGCAUACUUGUUCUGGUGUUCUGAGGCAGCAGAAGCAUAAGCUUUUGAGUUCUACUAUUGUGAAGACACUCAUUAAUGAUGAAUUUCGUGGAAAUCCCUCUCUCAAGGCACAUGAUAUUAUGGAUAGGUUAAAGAACAACUAUGGUCUUGAUAUUACAUACCGUGUUGCAUGGAAAGGUAAAGAAAAAGCAAUGAAAGAGUUGCACGGUUCAGAUGAGGACUCCUAUUCAAUGUUAACUUGGUAUCGUGAUGCCGUGAUGGAGAGUAAUCCAGGGUCUUGCUUUAUUUUGGAGUGUGAUGAAUCCACUGGUCGUUUUCAGAGGCUUUUCCUUUGUUUUGGUGGAGUUAUUGAGGGUUUCAAGUCUUGCAUACCUCUAUUGUUCGUGGAUGGUGCACAUCUGAAGAGCAAGUAUAAGGGUCAGCUUCUUUCAGCUACAGGAAAGGAUGGUAAUCAAGGUUUUUUCCCUUUUGCCAUUGCCGUUGUUGAUGCCGAAACUGAUGCCAAUUGGAAUUGGUAUUUUGGGAUCUUGAAGACAAUUCUAGACCCGCAAGGCAGAGUCAUUACUUUUGUUUCUGAUCGACAACAAGGGUUGAUGAAUUCCUUGGCUAGAGUUUUUCCGGAGUCUCCUCAUUCCUUUUGCCUGUAUCACUUGAAGAAUAAUCUCCAAAACUUGUUUAAGGGUAAUAACAACAGUGCACUCCGUGUCACCAUUGUCGAUAAGUUUUACAAGGUUGCAUACUCAUCUACUGAGCGUCAGUAUCACUAUAACCUGAGGGAGCUUCUUGAUGAGGGGAAGGAUCUUGUUGCGCAAUUCCUUAGAGGUCUACCUGUUGAAAAAUGGUGUAAUGCCUUCUUUCGAGGUAAUAGAUUUGGUGAGAUGGUCAAUAGUACAGCGGAAUCUUUUAAUAGUUGGACUCUCAAGGCUCGGGAACUCCCAAUUUUUCCUAUGUUAGAGAAGAUCCGCGUGAUGAUGAUGGCAAAGAUGGUUGAGAGGAAGCUAUUGGUAAGCAAGUGGAGUCUUCCUCUUUGUCCUGUAAUGCAAGCUGAACUUGUUAAAAAUAUGGAAAUAGGGAGAGAUUGGACAGUUAGUAGGUCGGAUGAGUUUGUUUAUGAGGUUCACUCCGAACGCUCAACAUCUGUUGACAUAAUGGUCCAGACUUGUGCAUGUCGUCAGUGGCAGAUUAAAUCAUUUCCUUGCUCUCAUGCUCUUGCUGCCAUCCAGCGAGCGGGAUAUGUGGUUUACCCGUUUAUCGAACGAUAUUACUUUAAAGAGGAGUAUUUCAAGAGCUAUUCCUUUGGUAUUAAGCCCAUUCCCAAUAUUGAGCAGAGCUAUGUCCAAUGCUCUGAUAGCACAUCUGUCAAACCUCCACUGACUAGAAGACCUCCAGGAAGGCCCAAGACUAAACGUAUCAAGUCUGUUGGCGAGGUGUCUUCAAAGGAGAGGACGUGUGGCCGUUGUGGCCAAUUGGGGAGGCAUAAUAGGAAGACAUGCAAUGUUCCAAUAUGA